AUGAACUAACUCGCGUUUAACAAUAGUAAACAAAACAAAAUCACAGAGUUCGAGUGAAGGAAAUACUACCUUUUCGCACAUAUGCAAAGUGGCAAGCAUAACACAAAAUAGUAACAUUUACCGUUGCUGUGUGGGUGCCUGUAUGUGUACAUGUGGCUGAAGGCAACGCGUACGACGAGUACAUUGUGCUGAACUCAACGCUACUUCAGUUCUGUGCUGUGCAGUUCACGAUCAGCUCAACUAUGGUAGCAUCGGCCGAUCCACAAAAUAUUCUGAAGAAACUACAAAAGUACAAACAUUUAAAUGGUACGAAUUUGUUGAAACCUCUCCGCAAUAGAACACCAAUCUCCACAUCGAAAUAUGACAGCAGCAAUCAGAAAGCAACAAUCGGCGCGAGUCUACAACUCGUACGAGAGAACAAUGAUAUCGAGCCCACUGCAAUACCGAAUGCGACCGACUUAGCCGAGCAGCGCGUUAAUAUCACAAAUAAUUUUUUAGAUUUACUACUAAAUCCCGAAUAUGUUGAGCAAUUCACCGAAAUGAAUAACGAUCUAUUGCACGUCUCAAAUGAGACGGCGACCAAUGACGUGAAAAUGUCGGUAUCGCCACUCAAUGCAAACAUCAUCAUGUCACCUGCCGCGCUCACAACUCUUUACACAAAAAACGAAACAGUCUUACAACAAAAUGCACCGCCCAGUAAUCUGGUAAUGGAUACAUUGUUGGGUUCGGUUAUGACGACCGCCACCGCCACGGUGACCGGUUCGCCGAAUGCGAUUAGAACUGAAGACCUGCUACUCGAUCGUUUGCCAGCAGAUGUGCAGAGUGGUGCAACUUUAACGAGCUUUUAUGCCAAUCUUUUGGCAGAUAUAUCACCAUCCUCCACUUUCACCGCCGCCGUCGAAACAAUGUCGACGCCAACWGUAUUGCUGCCGACUGCUGAUAAUGAUACGGUCUAUUGGGAGCAUGGCGCGACUGACUUCGAUGUGCUCUACCGCCACUCGCUGACAAUGACAAUUGUUUAUUGCUUUGCUUAUAUUAUUGUCUUUCUGGUUGGCUUGGUUGGCAAUAGCUUUGUGAUUGCCGUUGUAUUACGGGCGCCACGAAUGCGUACGGUCACCAAUUAUUUUAUUGUCAACUUGGCGAUUGCUGAUAUAUUGGUAAUUGUGUUUUGCUUGCCCGCCACGUUGAUGAGCAACAUUUUUGUGCCCUGGAUGCUGGGCUGGCUGAUGUGCAAGACAGUGCCAUACAUACAGGGCGUAUCUGUGGCAGCAUCCGUCUACAGUCUAAUUGCCGUAUCACUGGAUAGAUUCAUUGCAAUCUGGUGGCCACUUAAGCAGAUGACAAAGAGUCGCGCACGCUUCAUGAUAUUAUGCAUCUGGCUGAUUGCCUUAAGUUCGACAAUACCCUGGCUUUUAUACUUUGAUCUCGUGCCGGCCGCUGACUCGUUUCCGGCAGCGCCGAACCUCUACCUCUGUCAGGAGGUGUGGCCRCCCGGUUCAAAUGGCAAUCUAUAUUUCCUCCUAGCCCAUUUAGUGGCCUGCUAUCUACUGCCAAUGUCUUUGAUAACACUGUGCUAUGUGUUGAUUUGGAUAAAGGUGUCGACGCGUUCGAUUCCCGGCGACUCAAAGGAUGCACAAAUGGAUCGGAUGCAACAGAAGUCGAAGGUGAAGGUGAUCAAAAUGCUUGUAGCAGUUGUUAUAUUGUUCGUAUUGUCUUGGCUGCCACUAUAUGUGAUUUUCGCCCGUAUUAAAUUUGGUGGAGAACUUUCAAACGAAGAAAGCGAAGUACUCUACAAGGUGACACCCUUCGCGCAGUGGCUGGGCUCUUCCAAUUCCUGCAUCAACCCCAUUUUAUAUGCAUUUUUCAACAAAAAAUAUCGACGUGGCUUCGCAGCUAUUAUACAAUCCCGAUCAUGCUGUGCCCGCAUAAGAUAUUAUGACAAUGUCGCCAUUGCCUCGUCAACCACCAGCACACGCAAGUCCUCGCAUUAUCAUCAAAAUAGCUCACGAAAGAGUCCCAGCAGCCCUGGCUUGCGUAAAACGAACGCAGUCUCCUAUAUUUAUGAGCAUCAAUCAUUGCGUCGUCAUCAUCACAACGCCAUGUUGAAGCAGGACAGCAAUCUGUCACAGCAAAUGUUACUGAAGCAAGACUCACAUGGCUCGAGACAGUUUUUGAUCAAGCAAGAGAGCGCCUCUAGUGAUGGAUCACGUCGCAUGCUCUGCCAGCAGGAUAGUAAUGGUUCGAAAAUGUCACUAACUAAACAGGAUUCGAUUGUUUCAUAUAUGGAUGCUAGACGCAAUGGUUUGGAUAAAUGCCAGGACUCCUGCUCUACGCAAGACAAUAUGUCAAUUGAUUCACGACGUGGAACGAGCUUUAAAUUGGAUACACACAAUUAUGGUUCGCCCAGCACCAGCGCCGCCAUGUUGGAAUAUAAAAGACAAAAGUUUGUCAAACAAGACUCAGUGAUCUCAUUUGUGGAUCAAAGGCCUGAACCCAGACGCCAUCAGCUGGUAAAGCAGGAUUCUGUUAUUUCUUUCGCCGAUCAACGCCGCGGUAUUCUCAACAAACAGGACUCCAUAAUUGCGUGUCACACUCGCACGGGUGACGGCACUGGACAUCAUGUCUCGAUCUUAAAGAAAACCGAGGCUUCACUAGGCGGUGCGCUCGCAUCGCCUCGACGAAAUAUAGAAAUUUUUGAGUAA